AUGGAUAUUGGGAUUCACAACGGAUGGAGAACUUCAGCAGCUUCACAAGGCCUAAGGAAUCUCCUGGGAUUGCGCAGAUCUUACCCUAACUCAAUUCUCAGGAAGAGAAUCCAUGUGGAGGGUAGUAAUGUUCAUAGUGGCAAAAGAGCAGUGGUGAUUUCUAAUUCAAAGCAAGCGAAUCUCUCUGCUUCGAGGAAGCAGAGGAUUAAGCUACAGAACAAUGGAGAAAAGAAGCUUACUUUCAGUGAGUUCUUGAAACAUCCAUCUGGCAUGGAAGCUGUAAUCAACGCUAAGGCUUUACACAGUUAUCAUUUAGUUGAUGAUAAUGAUAAUACUUACAGAUGUAGAUUGCCCAAAAUUCAGUUAAUGAGCUUUGAGGUUACUCCAGUGCUGGUUUUGAAGGUCACUCCCACACAGGAAGAUUGUACAGUCGAGCUGCUUUCCUGCAAGUUGGAGGGGUCAGAGUUGUUGGAGAACCAAAGUGAAAGGUUUUCAGCGGUUAUGAUAAAUUGCAUGACUUGGGAAAUGGAAGAUCCAGAGCCAUUUCUGGAGGUUGACGUGAGAUUGAAUGUCACUCUAGAGAUCUCAACGCGGCCAUUCACAAUGCUUCCAGUAUCAGCUGUUGAGGUUCCUGGGAAUCUAGUGAUGCAGACACUGGUAGAUUCACUAGUACCUCUUCUGCUUCAGCAAUUACUCAAAGAUUACGACGACUGGUCUCAAAAGCAGCAACUAAACUCCUUAUAA